AAAAUCUUGUUUUACAUUGAACCUGGAAGACAAAUUAACCUGCUUGUACAAGAACUUUGAAUUAGCCAGGAGCUGUUAAGGAGACGUGAAUCCCUGUGAGCCAUGGUGUCAUGGAAAGGGAUAUACUUUGUACUUGCACUGUUCUUGGGAAGUUUCUUUGGAAGUAUAUUCAUGCUUGGUCCUUUUCUACCUUUGAUGUUCAUCUCACCGGCCUGGUACCGCUGGAUCACUGACUGCAUCGUGGCCACUUGGCUCACGCUCCCAGUGGCCUUGCUGGAGAUGGUGUUUGGUGCCAAGGUGGUUGUCACUGGAGACGGAUUUGUUCCUGGAGAAAGGAGUGUCAUUAUCAUGAACCAUCGCACACGAAUGGACUGGAUGUUCCUGUGGAACUGCCUGCUGCGAUACAGCUACCUCAGACUUGAAAAAAUCUGUCUCAAAUCCAGUCUCAAAAGCAUUCCAGGAUUUGGCUGGGCGAUGCAGGUUGCUGCCUUUGUUUUCAUUCAGAGAAAGUGGGAAGAUGACAAGAGUCACUUUGAAAAAAUGCUGGAUUACUUCUGUGACAUUCGUGAGCCACUACAACUCCUCAUCUUUCCAGAAGGAACUGAUCUCACAGCCAAUACCAAAGCCCGCAGUAAUGAAUUCGCUGAAAAGAACGGACUUCGAAAAUACGAGUAUGUCUUACACCCGCGAACAACUGGAUUCACUUUCGUGGUUGAGCGUCUAAGGGAAGGUGACAAUCUCGAUGCUAUCCAUGACAUAACCGUGGCAUACCCCCAAAACAUUCCUCAGACAGAGAAACACCUUUUGAAUGGAAACUUCCCGAAGGAGAUCCACUUCCACGUCCAGAGAUACCCAAUAGAGACAGUGCCCACUUCAAAGGAGGAGCUGCAGCUUUGGUGCCGGAAGCGUUGGGAAGAGAAAGAGGAGAGACUCCGACGCUUCUAUGAAGGUGGAAAAUGCUUCAGUGCAGCAGGGCAAGGCAUUGUUCCCCCCUGUAAAUCCGAGCUCAGGGUCCUGGCGGUGAAGUGCAUCUCGCUCCUCUACUGGACAGUGUUCCCGCUGGGUAUGCUCGCGCUGCUGUACCUGUACAGCUUUGCACAGUGGUAUUUUGCAGCCAUGGUCAUCUUUUUUGUUGUGCAGCAAAAGAUAUUUGGUGGGCUGGAACUAAUUGAACUGGCUUGUCAUCGAUAUUUUAAAAAGCAACAGAAACUUCACGACACGGAAACAAAAAACAAUUAGUUCUGGCGUAGAGAAAGGGUAGGUUUGAGAUGCCCUGCGAAUUUUAUGCACAGGGAACAAUUUUUGCAUGAGAAUUGUCUUUUACUAUCGCCAUUGUUAGACGUUUGCACAUGAUUCUGUGAAGAGAAGGAAAAAUGUUAGUUAUUCCUACAUGUGAAAAUGGUAAUUUUUAAUCUCUGAAUGUAAUUUCAACAUUGCUCUUGCAAACAGCUAGCAACUGAAUUCUGCUGUCAUUAAGAAACAAAUUGCUGGAUUACUGAACAAUCACAAGGACGUUAAUAAAUGUGUAAUGCACUGGACUUUUGUGUAGAAACCCAAACUGUUCAGCUAACAGAGACAGAUGUAUGAUUUCUGUAUAAUCACGUUGUUGUGAAGUAAGCAUUGGAUUUGGAAAGCUGGUAAUGUGAUGUUUUGAUGGUAGGUGGAAGUUGGAGAAGUUGUUCUGUUUCUUUUUUAUAUUUCAAAUACUCAAACUUCUUUUAAAAUAAUAUUUUUGCAUAAGCUUUUUCAAAUACUACUGAACCUACCACUGUUCAACCAUUGUGGCUUGGUCACUCAGAGGAUUUUUUAAGCUUUGCAUUCUUGUGUCAUAGUACUGAAAACAGUGCAGGCUCUGCCUCCAUUUAAGUCUUUGCUGAUUAUUUAAUAGACCUCUGCAGCUAAGUUUUGGUUUCUCACUAUUUCAUACUGUUUCUGUCUCCCUCUUAGCUGUGGGAGAGUUGUUCCUACUGUAGUAUGCAGAGCUGUGGGAUAGGGGAACUGGGUUUUUUUGUUGGUUUAGUGGUCUUUUUUUCUCACAGAGGCAAAAGUAAGUGUCUGUCUCCAAAUAGCUGGAAAAUGUUUUUUCAAAACAGUGUCCUUGUAGACAUUCUUUGAUUGAAAACAUUUUAUAUAAUUUUCAGAGUAGGCAAGAUAUCUCUUUUUUUUAGCAUUAGUUUUGGUUUUCACGUUGCUUCCUUUGGCAUUUCACGUGUCCGUAUAGAUAAGCAGGAAGACUGCUUGUUCCAUGCAUGCCAGACAGACCUGUUGAAAUGCAUAUGAUGGAAUGGUUGUCUCCGUAUUGGUACAAGAGAUGGGUUUGGGUUUUAGACUUAUCACAGAACAGGGAGGAGCUACAUCUUCCCUUUGCUGUAUUGGCUUUGAUUUCUUGAUGACAUCAUUACUUUUUUAACCUCCUUCACAAUUUUUAGGGGGGUUCUCUUGGGGCUCCCACUAUAACAUGUUCACUUUUUUUCAUGACAUUCAGAAAAUCUGAAGGCUUAAGCUUAGACAAGGCACUUUCAAGUGUAUUCCUUGUCAUAUACAUUAAAAGUAAUGUUAUAUUCAAAGACGAAAGCAUUGCCAGCACUUAGGAGACAUUUCAGGUCUUCAGGUUAGAUUGUUCUGCAAACCUCAAAAAUUUUAGACAACUUGAUCAAUUCUACUGCUGCAAAACCUUCCUGACUUACUAAAUAUUUGUUGUUUAUUGCAUGAGGGCUUGUUUGAGCCAGACUGAGAUGGCCUGGCUCGGUGUGUUAAGUGGCAUUGCCGUGAAAUGUGAAAGUGCAGAGCAAAAUGUAUCUUGUACUGUGCUGGGUGUCUCAAGCGUUGGAUUGGCAUUGUGGACACACCUGUUUGCUUUUAAAUUACGACACUAAGCAUGUUGUCUUAUGUGUUUGUUUCAAAGACCAUUCUUUUAACAAAUCACCAGCCUCUAUUUAACUGUCCCUUGCAAGGUGACAAGUCUUUUUUAAUCUAUGCUUAUAAUAACUAAUUGUUUAUUAUGCGGAAAGUACUUGAAGCCAUCUGGUUUACUCCAAUUUUUUUAAUCCCUUUUUUCUUAAAAAUAAAUAAAUAAACAAACAAAACUAGGUUUAUA